AUGUUCUUGACUUCCUUGGAGUAUUUCCAUAGCUUUCGCUCUGUUCUAUCCCUUGCGGCGAACGAACGACAUCCAGACAUAAAAAUUGGGAUGCCUCCUACCGAACGAACCAGCUUGAUGGAUCCAUUGAUGGGUGAGGAGGCGAAUACAAUCAGAAACAACAACAAAGGCAACUACCAGGCAACCACGAGGACGUCAAUGUCUUCUGCUUCGGCUUCUCCUCCUACACACGCUCGUCAUCAGUCGAUCCAACUGUCUCUGGACGAGCUUGCACAACCGUCUCCGCCCGCUUCGCCCUCCGCUUCUCAAAACGUUAGAAACGCUGCCAAAACCACGGCAUACAAACGAGAUGUGACGUACAAUGGAGAUAAUCACCUCGAAGUGCUCUUUCAAAUGCACGGAUCCGUCUGGCCUCACGUUUUUCCCUGGUGCAUUGCGACGAUCGUAUUCACCUACGCAAUCAUUCUGCUGCGGAACCACAAAAUUGUCGACCUCACCAUUGACAACAACAAUGGCCAUUCUUUCAUGAGCAUUCUCGUAUCCUUUUUGGUUGUCACUCGGGCAACCAUUACCUAUAAUCGCUUUUACGAAGCACGACAAUUCCUGGCGGAUUUGUUUCGUUCCAGUCGGGAAACCAUACAGUACGCUUGUUUGCUCACCACGCUGGACCGGGGGACCAAGGCACAACAAUGGCGCCAAGACGUCGCCUACCGGACUAUUGUGAGCUUGCGUGUAGCUAUUGCAGCCGUCGAGUUUCGGUCGCACGGAGUGAGCGCAUGGGAGACCUUGCCGGAUGAAGACCACGAGUACACACCACUCCUUUUGCCACGACAAGUACGUCAGCAACCCACUAGUAUCUCGACGACUGCUUUGCAAACUUUACCAGCCAACACUCCAACUGCACGUGACAAGGACGGUGUGGAUGAUUCGCUACAACCGAUUGGACAAAGUGCCUGCGCUACAAAAGAUCAGGAAUACAUUCAACAGUACAAGCCCGUCACGGACCAUUCCCAAUUUCUGGAAGCCAUGCGGCACGGAUCCCGUACAGUGAUGGACGAAAAUUUGCGAGCACCUAUCGUUUGGUGCUACAAUUUGCGGGAAAAGAUUCUCGAACCUCGCAAGGGUGGUAUACUGGUAACUCACCCACCACAUAUCAACGAGGAGCUCCGAUUACUGGCCAUUACAAGUGAUUGGCUGACCGCUUUUCACGGUUUGAAGAUGCUGCUGACUACGCCGUUUCCCUUUCCCUUCGUGCAAAUGACAAGAACUUUUCUGUUUGUGUGGGUCUUUACUUUGCCAAUGGUGCUGAUUGCUGACAAUGAUCAAACUUUAGAAGUGUUGGUACUUAUGUUCUUCAUCACAUAUGGUUUUUUGGGUUUGGAGUAUGUCAAUAUGGAAUUGGAUGAUCCGUAUGGCACUGACCCCAACGAUUUUCCGGGAAAACGAUGGGCAGAGCUUGUUUACGAGGACAUUUACAUUACCCUUUACAAAACGGACGGAUUCGAUUCGGCCAUGGCCUUGCGGAAUCGCAUAACGGAAAGAAUUGCGAGGGGGACGGCACUCGACAACUUUAACGAAGACAUGCACAAUUCCAAGGCAAAUUUUUUUGGAACCCAUUCCUUUAAACACAGCUCACAGAAGACACAGGCUAGUAGUGACUUGAGUUCUUUACCCCCAAAUCAAGACAACUCGAACAGGAAUUUUGGAAACGUCGUUUAA